GUUGCUUCGCCAGAUUCAACUAGGUACACACAUGUCCUUUCUAGACCCUGCAAUGGAGUCCAAAGAAAACAUCAUCAACCGUGCGUCAAGGAAGCGACCCUUUCUUGUGAAUCACCAUCUUUUGAACCAAAUUCGUUCUGCAAAAAAACGAGUGGUUUUGGGUGAGCUAACCGAUUCGGAAAACAUUAACUUGACCCAGAGCUCCGAUUAUAAAGAGAACCUGAAACCGAUAUCCGAAUUGAGGCAGGCUGAGAACGGUUAUGGGGUUGAGGAGUAUGUGAAAAGUGAUCAUUAUGUCUCUUUGGGAUCGAUUCAGAACAAGAAAUUUUUGAACACACCUCUUAUAUAUCAGCAUCUUCGUUUAUUGGAGAUUGAGGAAAAGAGAAGGCCAUUGCCUAAUUAUAUGGAAAAGGUUCAAAAAGACGUGACAGUAGGAAUGCGAGAGGUCUUAGUGGAUUGGUUGGUUGAGGUGGCAGAGGAGUAUAAACUUGUGUCGGAUACCUUGUUUCUCACUGUCUCCUACAUUGACAGAUUCCUAUCUUCACAUUCAUUGAGCAGGAACAAGCUCCAGCUUCUCGGUGUAUCAAGCAUGCUUGUAGCCUCGAAAUUUGAGGAGAUUAGCCCUCCCCAUGUUGAAGAUUAUUGUUAUAUAACAGACAAUACGUAUACUAAAGAAGAGGUGGUUCAAAUGGAGGGAGACUUGCUCAAAUAUUUGAAUUCGGAACUCAACAAUCCAACACCAAAAACUUUUCUUAGGAUCUUCAUUAGAGCUGCCCAAGAAGAUAGCCUGUUGUCAUGUCCAUCAUUUGAGUUCUUGAGUUGGUUUCUUGUGGAGCUAAGUUUGCUAGAUUACAGUUGUUUAAGGUUCUUGCCAUCAAUGGUAGCAGCCUCAGCCAUUUUUCUUGCAAGAUUUACACUUCAACCAGACAAACAUCCUUGGGGGUUGGCAAUGCAAUGCUAUUCGGGGUAUGGACCAUCUGAGUUAAAGGAUUGUGUGCUUGCCGUUCAUGACUUGCAGCUGAACAGAAAAGCAUCAUCUUCUCAAGCAGUAAGAGAGAAAUACUCGCAACAUAAGUUCAAGUGUGUUGCAACAUUGCCUUGCCCUUCAGAAAUUCUGGAUUCUUACUUCGAGGACACCGACGAAUAAUCAACAAAAGCAAUGACAAGUGUUUCAGCACUUGAUUUCUUAACAUAUAUUGAAGGUGUUAAGUGGUUUGCUGCUGAAAUUUUUGUUCAUCAUUGGAGACUUUUCUUGAUCAGAAGAGUUUUGGUGUUUCUUUUCAGUGCAUAUUUUGGGGUUAAUGUGAUUACAUCUUGUUGUGAUGGAUAGUUUUGGGUUUUGUGCCACUUAUUUUUGCAGCUUCUAAAAC